AUGGGCACAACUUGUGGUCCACGAGAAUCAAAAUGCAGUCUCUCACCAGAAAAUGUGGGCUCCCAAAUAUCAAAGUAUGAUCUCCAAAAAAGUGUGUAUAGCAUAAAGAAAUCUGUCCGUAAGCUUGCCCGUCCAAAAGCUCAAAGACUGUCGUUCAAAAUUUAUCUUGAACAACUAAAUCCAGGAAUAUUUAUGAAGACAGUCAUUGAUUGUGAUGAAGAUGAAGAGUCAUACCUGGAGCUACUAAAUCAUAUAGAAGAUACUCAAUCCCUACCAAUAUCUGUAUAUAUGGUGAAAGACGACUUGAGGGUACUACGUUCAAGAUCAAUUACAAAAUUUGGGAUUUUGAUCAAGAAUAGAUUUUAUGCCUGGACCUGCAUCGAAACCGGUAGACGUGUGGCUCAAGACAAAGCAUUAAAUGACAAUCACAAAUUACUCUUGGAAUCGAAAGUGAUCAUCAUCAACUUGAUCAAUUCAUUUAGUCUCAUCAACCCAACCAGUAUUACAAUUGUCAUUUUUGCAAAUCUGUGGAUAUUUGAUGUUAAGUUGAUGAUAAAUGAGAAUGACAACAGGCGUACAUUAUUUGAGAAAAAAAUUGGAAGGUGUCAAAUUUUCCUUGAACGCUGCGGUGAAUUAAUUGUGCUAAAAAGGCAAGAAGAAAACAUGGGAGCUUUGUGGUCAAGAGAGUUGACGAGCCUCUAUUGCUGCGAUGAUUUGGCCAAGGCUAAAAAGGAAAUAAGUUCUCUCACCUUAUUACUAUCAGUGGAAGAAGGUGGCCACCACAACAUCAGUAACAUGGAAUUCCUUGAACAGCUUUUGACUGAUGUUCUAUACAAAUCGGAUGGCUUGAUAAAGCUUUUUGGAUUAAAGAAGCUAGAACUUGCUUUACUCGAAACUUCUGGUCAUUUCACAAACAGCGACAAGGUCAAGAUUAAACUGGACCACCAUAAAGGAAUGUACGGUGUCCUUUCAAUGCUUAAGUGCGUUGCCGACGAUUUCUCGUUCGCGUCUGUUGACAAGCUUAGUCCGGUCAAGGUAUUUUUUUAUUCAUGCCGCAGAUUGCAUUUGUGGAGUGUGCGUUAUCAAGAUGGGCUUUACGACUUUUGGAGAGAACACUGUUUGGAAAUUCGCCCUGAUUUUGAAGAUCGGGCUAUGUUUGUUCCACGAUUAAUUGAAUUUUGUUGGAACGUAAAGUAUUUGUUGGAAAAUGCGGUGGAAGAUAUUAUAAAAGUAAAGAAAGAUCAUCAAAUAAAUAGCGCAAAAUAUCGAUAUAAUCCUCAAGAAUGUACCCAGCUCAGCGCUAUCGUCAACCCAAUAAUUUUGAAGUUGACGAAAGAGGAUGAUGGUGAAGGUAUCGGAAAGCUUGGCCCAAUAUUCAUUAUAGCGCGUCGAGUAGUUACCGAGAGAACCUUAAAAAUACGCUACACUAGGUGA